GUUUGAAGCGAAUGACAAUCAAGGGGUUGGAUUCUGGAGAUAUAAGGACAAUCCCAAGAUGGCAUUGAAUGUGGCGCCUCCUUGCCUGAAAAUUCCACAAGAUUGUUCUUCUCAAGGAUACUGACUGUACCUUUCGCCUCACUCAUCUCUGAGACAACAGCGUAAUGAUCGAGCUACCAUCAGACACAAUGACCUUAUCAAUACCCUAUCGAUACCAAUUCCAGCCUCUCCCCAGUGAGCCACCACCACCGUAUACACCAUCCUACACACCAUCAUAUACACCACGACCACCUCACAGCAAGCACCAACACACACUCCCCACCUCCAAGCUCCAAUUUCUCAGCUUCGACAACAAAAGAAACAAUCCUCACCACCCCCAAAACUCCGCCAUCUCCAGAUACGGCAUCUACCUCACCACCCUCCACCACAGCGUCAACAGCAGCACCCAUCUCUAUCGACUGCGUCCCCGCGCCCCUGCCAACAGCAAGCCCAGAAUCUAUGCCGUCAAGGUCAUCCCCUCCUCGUCUCAACUCACUUCACACUUUCUAUUUCCAGAGUCCAACACAAUCAACAGCCCCCACCCCAACAUCCUCCUCCCAUUCCUUCCCCCCAUCAUUGACGAUGCGGGCAACCACCACCUAAUAACCCCCUAUUGCACAGGGGGCACACUACGCGACCUAAUCCAGUCCACAAGCAAGCUCCUUCCCGAGGAAGCAGAUUGUUUCUUCAAGCAGCUGCUCCGAGGAGUCGCGUACCUCCACCAUCAUUACGACCACUCACUUGAGCCCACCACAGGAACAGGCCUAGAUCUCAAACUAGAAGACAUUUAUCUCGCCGGAGAAGGAACCAUACAGAUCAAAGUGCGACUAUCGCCCUCCUCCACAACUCAACCCCACGCCACCAAAGGCCCAUACUACGCACCAGAGGUAUACCGUCCACCUUUGCCUCGCGAUAAGACCAUCAACGCACUCAACCCCAGGGCAAUCGACGCCUGGGCCCUUGGGGUGAUAUACCUAUUCAUGCGAACAGGCGGAGCACCCUGGGUCGUAGCCAAAGUGGAAGAGGACCUUCUGUACGCCAAGUAUGUAAAAGAGAGGGUGCAAGAGGGUGGGUUCCUGUUAGUCGAAGGGCUGGGAGAGGAACCCUGUCGAAACGUCAUCUACGCCCUGUUAGACCCGCUCCCCUCGCGUCGACUGAGGAUAUCUCAGGCCCUGCGAUCAGAAUGGAUGUACGGGGUUCCAGUCUGCGAAGCUGGAGAGUGUGGACGGUAGGGUACGACGUGGACUUUCAGUAGCAGCUUUACCCACUUCUCCCGAAGGGAACAAUCAAAAUAGGAGAGACCUGUAAAAGCUGCCAAUCCAUGGUGCCUGAGGCCCACAAUCUCUACAUACCAUAGACCUCGAACCACCAAGCAAUCAGCCCGAUAUAGUACAGGUUAAUACCUAGCUACCUACCAACCAAAC